AUGGCUUCCAAAGACAAAAAGCACAGAGCUAUGGGUGAUGAGGAGUGGAUGUCCCGUCUGCGAAGGACCCUCGUCUGGAUCCCCCUCCAUCACACCUGGGCAACCACCACGCAAGCCAACUUUGACUUUGGCCUCACACAUCCUACCCCUGAUGCUGAGCCAUUGGCGGCUCAUCUGAUGUCUGCUGCUGCUGUUGCUGCUUCACAGCCUGGCUGGCUGCCUGCAAAGCUGAGGACAACUGUACCACCUCAGGACCAGAAAUGGAUAGCAGCAGCUCUGUGGAAGAACAAACGUUUGCGCUCUGACCUGAUGCUGUGGUAUAAUCCACCAUUACCAGCCAUCAUUUAUCACCAGGUCCCCGCUCCAGAGCGCUUUUUUACCCACCGGCUUCUCGUAUGGAUGCCGUACCACCUGUGGAAGGUGAGGCUGUCCUGUCCUGCAUGUCGCAAACAACUCACAGGCUAUGGAGCCCACAAGAGAGCCCGCAAGGUUCUGGAUGUGGACAAUUACUACCUGAUGAUUACUGAGACACUGUGGUGCAAUGCAUGCAAGAUCGCCUACAUUUCCAGCAGCAAAACAAUAUUGGACCAGCUGGAUAUGCCGACCAGGAUGGAGUUCACACCGAUCCUGACUCAAAGAUAUGCUUGUGACAUAAGGGUCAUUGUCUCUCUGAGGGAUAGGACCCAGGGUAACAGCCCCUCCCGAUUGGUCAGGCAGCUGAGGGAGAACCACAGUCGGGAGUGGAUUCGAUCCGGUACUGUUCUAAAUGCAUACACUUUGCAGACCGGCAAUCCCUGCUCCCUGUCUUGUUCCAGGAGGUGCCAGAGCCGUCAGUUAUCCCCUCUCACAGGUGGAUGCUAACUGUGUAUGGCAGAGACAUUUUGAACAGGCUGGACCACAUCAAAGCUAGCAUUACUUGCACUUUUGGAAGUGUCCUAAAAAUGGACUCCACCAAAAAGAUCAUCAAGAAGCUGUCAGGCUUUGCUAAGGGGACUGCCUUGUGGCUAACAUCUGUUAGCAAUGAGGUGGGCCAAAUCCUCAUCAGUGUCCUGACUGCUCAGGAGGGUCCAGCUCUGGACAACAUGGCAGCUGGUCUCAUCCACAGAUACAGCACUGCUGGUGUGGCCCCUCCAAAGC